AUGAGUUACAUAGCGUUGAUCACCUCGGCUAUUCAAAAUAGUCCCGAUCAGAAAUGUACUUUAAACGGAAUCUAUCGAUACAUUAUGGAUCAUUAUCCAUAUUACCGAGAAAAUAAACAAGGUUGGCAAAAUUCGAUUCGACAUAAUUUAUCAUUAAACGAUUGUUUUGUCAAAGUAACCCGAGAUGAUAAACGACCAGGCAAAGGCUCGUAUUGGAUGCUGCAUCCUGAUUCACACAAUAUGUUCGAAAAUGGCUCCUAUCUGCGACGACGCCGCCGGUUCAAACAAGAAUCAAAUAGUACAAAUCAACGACAUCAAGCAAGCUCACGAUCAAAAACUCAUCAAACCUCACCGAAUUCGAUAAGUCCAAAUAACCUCUCUGAUACGCGUGCUACUGGCUCAAAAGCAAGUCGAUCCAGAAAUCAAAUGGAAAAAGACGGAUCAUCAGAUGAUGCAGAUGGCUUACAAUCACCGAAAAAAAAACAUGCAGGUGAAUGUAUUACACCGAAAACAGAGCCUGUCGAAGCGAGUGAAUCCGGCGAUCAUUCAUCAGUAUAUGCUCAUCUAUCUCCACCAAAAGCAUCACCGCCGCCACCACCACCACCACCAGCAGCGAUGCGAAUACACAAUUUUUCUCUUUUCGAUACAAUGACAUCUGCUGGAAUGUACGAUCCCACGAUCAGUCCAUCAUCAACCGGAAAUGCGAAAACGAACUUUCAUCAUAUUCCAAAUGGAACUCAUCACACUGGCCAACAUAUUUAUUCACCAAACAUGGAUUACGGCCCACCGUCAGUUCCGACAUC